GUUUGAAGACAUAAAAAGCAUUAAAAUCUGCAAGAAUAUUCAGUUUGAGAAGAAGGGAAGUGCAAGCAACAAAAUUAAAUAGCCAAUUAUUAAUUCCUGCGCAGCUUCUUGAACUACUCCAGUAACGUACGCACUCCCGGCCCGGGCGCUAACAUGCGCACCGCCCCCUCUCGCCCCACCUUUUCCACCUGAAAAAUACCUUCCGCCGCCCCCCUUUUUAUCACUAACAUGCGCCAUCUCCACCACUCCAUCACCGCCAUGGCCCCUUCCUCCUCCCUCAGAAAAACCCCAAUUCCAAAAACCCCCGCCCCCAACCACCCGAAUUCCCCGAACUGCCCCUCCCUCUGCCGCCACUCGCCCUCCGCCACUCUGGACCUCCUCAUCUUCAUCCUCGUCCUCUUCUCCGGCGCCUUCCUCAUCGUCUCCUGCUUCUCGUAUCUCUUCCAGUCGCUCUCUCUCAUCCUGCCCCCCUUCUCCACCGUGGCCGCGCAUUUCCACCGCCAUUUCGCCUCCAAUCCGCAGUCGCAGCUGAUCUUCUUCACGCUGUUCGCGGUCUCCUUCGUCGGCUUUGUAAUCUUCUUCGAGAUCUGCUGCGGGCACAGAUCGAGGAGGUGCGAGAGGAAAGGGUGUAGGGGGCUGAAGAAGGCGAUGGAGUUCGAUUUGCAGCUGCAGGGCGAGGAGCUGCUGCGCUCCGGCGACGCGAAUAAGGCGGUGAGAGAUGUGAAUGAGCUGCCGUGGAAAGGGGGCGGCGAGGAUAACCCUGAUUACGAGUGCCUGCGGGCGGAGCUGAGGAAGAUGGCGCCGCCUAAUGGCCGCGCCGUGCUGCUGUUUCGCGACAAAUGUGGAUGCCCCGUUGCCAAGCUCGAAGGCUGGGGGCCGAAACGCGGCCGGCGCCACAAGAAGAGUCUGUCUCUUACUGCUGGGGGAGAUCAAAGGUGACGGUGAGUGUCUUGCUCGAACUCUUCCAUUCUCGUCUUUUGCCAUUGGUUUCGUGUUCUAGAACUGUAUCAGAAUGAACCAUCUCCUUUCAAUGUUACUAGUUCAAAUUAUUGGGGAAGUAUCUCUCUUUCUCUAUAUACCAAAUUAAGUGAAAAUAAAUAGACAAAUAAGUUAAUAUAAUUUGCCAGAUUUAUAUCUGCA